AUGCUGAAUACCCUGUUGGUAACAGCUGCUAAAAAAGGAACUACAGAUAACCUAGUACUGGUCUAUAAAACUAACUCUUUCCCUACCUACGACAUCACUAAAUUCCACAAUUACCUUAAUAAUGUCGUUAGUGACGUAGCUGAUCUAUUUGGUACAAUUAUUUUGCUUCAUACGAUGUACGUUAUAGGAUCCAUAGUAUACAAUACAUCUAUAUUGAUUUACUAUGUAAUUGUGGUGACUUUUUCUGGAGGCGAUACUGUUUUCUAUCUGACAGCAUCAGUGUUGAAUAUAACACUAGAUUUGGGCAUCUUGUCAGUCUAUUUUUUGUACUUAAUCUCUUACUUCUUUGUCCAGGUCUUCAUAUCUGGAAAGUAUUAUUCCAAGGUAUUUUAUUUCCAUUACUUGGUCAAUACUGAAUCAAUUUCUAUUUUACAUUUGAUUGGUUAUUUGCUUAUUACUAUUGUUUACUGCACUAGCACUCUACCUUUGCCUCUGUUUCAGAUAACAACCUUUUCAAUAGCUGCAGCAAGUCAUUACCUAUGCAAAGAAAGUAAGAACACAGUCCAGAUCUGCUAUGAUAUAAUCAACAACUCAGAUUUAAAUAAGAUUAUCAACCACAAUUUGCUGGACCAGCUCACUUUUUUGGUGCAACAGGUGGUGUACAGUUCUACCUCCUUAUCUGCCGCUGGUUUCUUUGACGUGAACUUCUCUAUGAUGGGUUUUAUAGUGUCUAGCAUAACAUCGUAUAUUAUAGUAGCUUUGCAGUUUUUAAACGAUAAUAGCACACCUUAAAGCUUUAUACAUACUAUUAUUAGUUUUAGCAG